AGCUGGUUCAAAUGUCCGAACAGCUGAAGAUAUGACCUCUAACGGUGAUGUUAAGAUAAUUCAGAGGAUAAAAGAAGAACCCCAGUCUAGCCGUGAUAUGAAGAAAAUUCAGAGAUGCGAAGAAGGACCACUGAGGAGGGAGAGACAAUGUAGAGCAAAUUACCUUAACGGACGCCAAACCACAGUUUCCCUUGGUGGUCCGUGUUUAUCGAGCUCCAAUGGUAUAGUAAAAGUUGGGACUGGAAGAGAAACAGCUCCUGAAGAUUCCAAAUCAAAGGGAUACAGGAGUCGCCAGUUCACCGCCAAAUACCUCUCCAAACAGCGAGAUCAGAAACACUCAGAUCAAUCCGAAUACCUACAGGAGGAAAACUUGAUGCAACCAAACAACAAUGAUCACAUUUCACACCACAUCGAAGAACAGCCUAAGCGUAGUAUUAAUGCUAGAAACAGAUAUUUUACAGCAAAGUAUUUGACAACGCGUCAAGACAAAGGUGACCUUAACGUUGGUACAACAAACCAGAAUGCUCUAAGAUCGACGGAGGAUCCGUCAAGCAGUGAAACUUCCGGAAGACCAACUGGUGAUUACCACAAGGCGCAUUUCUCCCGCCGUGAAACUUCCGGAAGACCAACUAGUAACAGCAACGGGGCGGAUCCCUCCAGCCGUGAAACUUCCGGUAGACCAACUGGUGACAACCACAGGAAGAGAAUCCGUGUAAAUGGCUGUAGAACUUUUGGCUCAUAAGGGCUAUUUUAUAUAUGAAUCCACAGCCUUCGAAAGAGAAACAAGAUGUUAACUGAAACAUUCGAGAUGUAAAUGAUAAAGCUAUAUAAACAUUUAGUAUCCCUAUCAGAAGUUAGAUACAUGGAUAAUAAUGAUAAUAUAAUAUUGCUUGUAUAAUAAUUAUCGAAUCAACCGGUUUUAAUGUCAUAACAUGUGCUUUUGUAUUCUAACUAUAAUCACAGAUUUUGUAUAUAUCUAAAUCUGUGCUAUUUUCUUGGAUAUUUGGUGCUGACUGUUUAUUUGUAUAAUUUGGUGAAGUUCAGUACAAUUUUGACGUGUUAUCUAUAGCCUGUAUAGUUGGCGUAUACGUCAAUAGGAAGAUUAUUAUCACCGACGUAUGUUGUCCGGUAUGUUUGCUUGUAUUUAUGUCCAACAUGCAUUCGUUAUUUUAUUUACGUAUCCGCAUGGUGAUUGGAUCUUUAAUAACGCAUUGUUAUUGUAUAUAAAUGUAUGAUGUACAUAAAAUAUAUAUAAAAAAAUGUAUAUAUAUAUAUAUAAAUAUAUUUUGAAUUUU